GUUUUCAGAACGCACACAAAGAUGCCUACAGCACUGAACCUCAGCAAUGAGGUGGUCAAAAUGAGGGUGGAGGUUAAAAGGGUGAAGGUGCUUCUCAUCCGCAAACUCAUCCGACAGAUCUCAGUCCUGGAGAAGAAGAAAGGUAGUGAGGCAGACUUGGAGAAGUUCCGCAGGCGAGCAGCUAGACUUCGGGAGGAGAUCCAUGAGCUGAAAGCUGUCACGUCUGACAGCGUCACCAAGGUCGCCCUACAGAAGGACAUCAGCUUUGAGAAAGUGUGCCGGAAUAAAGAGGCCAGCCUGUCCGAACGGGUCAUCGCCCGCAUCGCCACGCACCCACAGUUCAGCAAGAAAAUCCAGAGCAUAAAGGCAGCCAUCAAAGCCUUCAAAGAACAGAGAAUAAAUGCAUUAAAUCCAGAAAAACAAGCAAAAAGCAAUGCAGAAAAUGCACAAGCAGACAGCGAUGAUGAUGUGGGUUCAGAGAAAUCAAACGAUGAAGUUGAUGAUGAGAAACUGAAAGAGGAUGAGGGUGAUAAAAAGACAGAAGAAGACAGGCAAAAGGAGAUUGAUGUUUCUUCACAGGAGACCCAGAAGACGAGUUUAGAGACAACAGAUGAACAGACCAGUCUGUUCCAGAAUGAAGAAUCCCUAACAGUUGAGGAAUCAUCUGAAACUGUGGCCAUCCCAGAGGAGGUGAUCAGGAUGAGGAAGGAAGUGAAGAGGACGAGGGUGCUGAUCAUCAGUAAAAUGGCAGAGCAAGUGGCUGCUCUGAAGAAGAAGAAGAAAGGUCAGGAAUCUGAGGUGAAGGAAAGCCAAGAAAGAGCAGCAGAAAUCAUGAAAGAAAUCAAGGCUUUAAGGAGCCUUAAACUAGAUCAGGUCACCAUGACCGCACUUGAGGAGAAUGUUAACUUUGAUAAGAUUUUGCAGGACCCUCAGGCAAGCCCAGUGGACAGAGCCAUUGCACAUAUCGCCACACAUUCUCGCUUCAUCAACAAGCACCAGAAGGUCAAAGAAGAAAAAGCAAAGGCUGCUGAAGCUGAGCAGAAAAAGACUGACAGACUGGAUAUGGUGCAGUCCAAGAAUGAAGAUGAGGAACCGGAGGAGGAACAUGAGGAACCAGAGGGUGACCACAACAGUGAUGACCGUGAGGAGGAUGGUGAUGUGGCAGAGGAAAAAUUGAACAGUCCUAUCACUGAGAUCCAUAAGUCUAGUGUUGCAGAGCUCACAGAAAGUACAGACUCUGAUCUUGUAAAGGUGCCACCAUCCAAGAUCAUCACAACAUCUUCAGAAAAAUCCAAAAGGGUCGAAAUGAAAUCCCAGAAAGCAGAGGCCACGGCUUUAAAUGUCCAAAGUUCUUCUGAAAAGUCUUCAACUGUAAGCAAGAAGAAUGCUGGUAAAGCAAGCAAAGAAACUGAGACCACCUUAAAGCCACAAAAGAAAAAAGACCUACCUGAGACCAAGAGGGCUGAGGUAGAAAAGGACGAUGAAGAGAGUGAUUUAUCAGAUGAGGAGGAAGAGAAGGAAUAUUUCGACGACAGCACAGAGGAACGUUUCCAUAAGCAGUCGUCUCAGUCUGAAGAGAGUGAUGAUGAUGACUUCUUUCUGGGCAAAGUUAGCAAAUUCAAGAAACGGAAAAGUAACCAAGGGAAAGUUGAGGAGAAAAAGAGUGAGCUUCAAAAAACUGACAAGGAGGCCGCCAGCAAACCUCAUGAGACAAACCUUGGCAAAUUACAGUCUGUCUUUUGCUCAGCGUUGUCCAAAUCUAGCGUGUCCUCCCAGAAAGCAAAGUUUGGCUCUCGAGAUGACGGCGCAAGACCUUCUCUAUUCCAGAACCAGAGGAAAGGUCCUGAGGGUAUAGCAGCUCAGUAUAAAGACCUUGGCGCUGACAGGAGGACGGGUCCAUUCAAUCCCAACAGACAGACUUUUAAAGUUGCUGGACAAAGGCAAGCGGGACCUUCGGGGGCAGGAAGGGGAAGGCCACAGUUUGAGCAGAAGCGGAAUCCCAGAGGUCCACCUGGCAGGAUGUCAGAUCCACCCCAGCAGUCCCUUCAUCCCUCUUGGGAGGCUAGCAGAAAGAGAAAAGAACAGCAGGCACAAAUCACAGCGUUCCAAGGGAAAAAGAUCAGAUUUGAUGAUGAUGAUGAUUAAGAAGAAUCUGCUCAAAUUCAUUUGAUGCAUUUAUAUUUUAAAACAUACAAAAAACUUCCUGUUAAACUAUUUACUGUGAAUUUGUAGUAAAACACAGUUGUUCUUUGUUUCCUUGCAAUGUUCAAAGCCAAUGUGAAUUUCCUGUCGUGUCUAAUAUAUAUCUCUCAUAGAUAAAACUGUGGAAAAAGUGUUUUUUAUUAAUUGUUACACAUUUUUCCCCCCACACAGUUUCAUUUUUUUUCAACUGUACAACUUCAGAUUUCCAUGUACUGAGUAGUGUUAACCCUACAGUAUGGCCAAUUUGUAUUUCAGAAGUUGUAAUACAUUUGUUUUUCUUCUGUAGGCCAGUUUUAAGGUUUUCUAAAACUGUACACACGGAUUCUCUGCCCAUAUUAUAAUCCUGAGGUGGUGGAAAGAAGAUUUGAAAUAAAGUGCCUCUGUGUAAUUUUAGUA